GCAGAACGACACGAAGAAUAGUUUUCUUCUUCUGUGUAGGAUUUUGAAAUGACGGAGGGAAGUGCUUUUAGAAAUCAAACUCUGGACGGUAUUCAAGUUUAUUUAUUGUGACUUCAAAUUUCAGCUUUUUUAAGUUUUCGAGGGAACGUUUUUUUUUUCCAAAUGGAGACGUCGGAGGCAGAGAAUUCUCAGCAGCUUGUUUUUUUCGAUUUGGAGACAACUGGACUGGGUCCGACGUGUGAGCUGGUCCAACUGGCGGCAGUGAGCGGGAAGCGAUUUCUCAACCUCUACACGGUGCCUCGUCGUCGAAUGGAACCGGGCGCAGCCAAAGUGACGGGCCUCCGCGUACGGAGACGCAAGCUGUACCUCCACCGCCGACCGAUCCCCACCUCACCCCUCCGCGAUGUGCUGCAGUCCUUCAUUGCCUUUCUUCGAGCGCUCGAUCGCCCCCUUCUGGUGGGACACAACAUCCGCCGUUUCGACUGCCGGCCGUUAGCCCGAGCCCUGGACGAAACGGGCCUACGAGCGCAGUUCGAGGCGUGCGUCAGCGGCUGCGUGGACACGCUCCCGCUGGCCCGAGAAGUGCUUCAGGGCUGCGGAAUGCAGAGCUUCAAGCAGGAGUACUUGGUCAAGGAGUUGAUGGGUGUGGACUACAAGGCCCACAAUGCACUAGAGGACGUGCGCUCUCUUCAAACGCUCUACAACGUGCUGCAGCCCAAACCGGAGAUGGUUGCACGCCACACGUUCAGUAUGAGCGAUGCUUGGGAGGUGGUGCAGGAGGUUACCAAAGCCCCUAAAAGGGAGUGCUUACUUCCAGGACAGCGCCUCCUUUGGCAGCACCUAGAACGGCCUGUUAAGGACACGGACAAGAAGGCGGCAGAUCACAACAAUACCGACUGUUGACAUGACAUGUUUUUAAUGUAAUUUUUUUAUUUUUACAAGCAAAUAAAUUCUAUCACUAAAAUC